AUGGACAGUAGCUAUGUUUGCGGCGCUGAGGGUGCAUUAGCGCCAGCGGGCGCACUCCUCGGCUUGGACGCCUCAGCCAGAGGUCAGCAGGAGCAGCAGCAACAGAAGCAGGCCUCUGCCGAUGCAUUGUACCUGAGUAUGCAGUCGGGCAUGCCCAUCCAGAACAGUACCGUUCACAAUCCACAGUUCCUCUGA